AUGAAUACACCCACGCCUGCGUGAAAUUAAAGACAAGCAGAACUGAAGAAAUGGAACACCAGGCUGAUCAGCUUGUAGCAAUACAGCAAUCCUUGGACCAGUUCUUGUCCCGUCCGCGAUCAAGAACCACUUCGAGCAGUUUCAUAAUGAAAAGGAGAAGGACCAGAUCGAUAGAAGACGAGAACACGAGACUCAAAGAGAUGCUACAACAGUCCUUGAAGAGAGAGUUGGACGGGCUUAGCAAGAUAAAGCACUUACAAGAAAUGUACCAGGACCUGCUCUACAGGACGCACAGCAAUGGAGAAGACAGCAAACAAUAUCAACUAAAUUGUCCAGAAAGCCCUACCUCGAGAGGAGGGAUGUCAUCACCGAAGCUUGUUGUUGUACAAGAGUCCGCUCCAAUAGUGAAUCAGAGUGAUGAAGAGAGUCCUGGAAAUGCAAAGACUAAUGGUGGGUCUUUCAUCUUUACAAAACAAUUAUCGCCAACUCCUUCCCUUGGAGCAACAGGAGGAGGAGGAUCAGCGACCAGUACACUGGCUCCCAUUCCUAUUCUCCUGAGAGACGUUAAGCAAGAGAGAGAGAAACCACCUACUAUUCUUAAGGAAGUGACUUUUGCCCCAGAGAUGCCGAGUGAUGAUGUGAAAUCAAUGUCACUGGAUCAAAGAGCUCUUAAUAGCGAGUUCUCUAAGAGUGAUGAGCAGAUACAGAGGAAAGGUUUGGAGAGAUCCCGUUCGAAUGGAGAUGAAAAGAUAAACGUAAGACAAAGGUCUGGAUCAUUUUGGAAGCGAAGGCCUCGUCCUCCUCCGGAAGACUCUAACCCUCCGUCUGAUUACGUUGAUAACCUGUUUCAAAACUUUAAGAAAUCAGCUAAUAUUAAACCAGACCCACUUAGCGAAUAUUUGGGCCUCCAUUGGUCAGUAUUCUGUACUGACAGGAACUGUAAGUCAAGGGAAGACGAGAAAUACAGAGAUGCAGUCUGGGAGCUCUUUCAAGCUGAGACCAAAUACUUAACAAAGCAGCUCCAGCCCUUGGAGCAGGUUUACAAAGGAUUUCUUGAAGAGCUUCACUUUCACAGGGUCCUAGAGGAAGCAAAGAUAGAAAAAAUAUUUGCAAACCUUUCAGAGCUUUGUGAGCUGAGCUCUUCCAUUGCUAAUGACCUGCUGAAGCUCUUCGAAGGUCGUUCACAGGAUAACGUGGCUCUCCCAAAUGAGCUAGUCCUGUCCUUUAGCAUGUUUGGACACAAGUUCAAUCCGGUUUACAAGACAUUUUGCACUAAUUUUGAGCAGCAAAGAGGCUACAUCAAGAGCUUAGAGAAAAUACCAACUUACCACGAUUAUCUAAGAUUAUGCAGGUCAAGCCCGUCUGUACAGAGAAGUGACAUUAAUGAUUUACUCAUAGCCCCAAUGCAGCAUCAGUGUCACUAUCAGUUGUUACUGGAUAAUGUGCUUAAGCACACCACUGAUCCUAAUCACAGAGCCGUUCUGCAUUCGACAAUAAAAGCAUUUAAGGUGUCAUUAAAGGAGCUAGAAUCAGCCAUUGCUCAGCAGAGAUGCUCACUGGAGCUCCUUGAAUUGAGUGAAAUGAUAUACUGGCCUCCUGUAACUCAGCUCUCAACAGAGAGCUUCAUUCCACAGACACUUAUGGAUCAUAUUCGUGAGCAGCCCAGCUCUUCGCUUCUAAAGUCCUCAAACUGUUACCUCAAGCUGCAAGAAACUUUCAAACUGUUGGACUCACGGGGUCGACCGUAUUCUGACGUCCAAUUGAUAUUGCUCAAGGACUUGUUACUGAUAGCAGAGAUAAAGGGACAGCCAAGCAAGAAAACUCACCCAUAUCACCUACUCCAUCAGCCUUUCCCUCCUAACUGUAUCAAAAUACACUUACCUCCGGAGUCACCACGUCCUGUCAUCACUCUACUCUGUCACUCAACGCUUGGUCAACAACUGGCAGUCCUAUCACUAUUAAGUACAGGGAAUGAGGAGAGGAGUAAAUGGGUCAAUCAGCUAACAAGUCUAGGGGCUAAAGAAAUCUGAGAGAUAUUAUAGUGUACUCAUUAUUAAAUAUGUGUCCAUCGUUCAUAACUGUUUUCAAUAUUUUAUCAUUAAUUUUA